UUUAAUUUACUCUCCGGAAGGCUUUAGUAAGUCCGAUCAUAAAAACUUGAACACAUCCUCAGCUCGAUCUGCAGGUUUCCACUCGGUUCUUGAAGAGAUGGCGGAAAGAUCUAUCAUCUCCGCCGUCAAUGUGCAAACCGGCAGCAGCAGAAGCCGCCAUUGAAGCCCCCAUCAUCUGGUCAUGCAACCGGCGCAUCCGGCCUCUUCUGGACUGCAUCGACCAGCUCCGGCGCCUCGACGUCAUGCAAGAAGGCAUCCAGCUUCCCACCAUCGUCGUCGUCGGCGACCAGUCCUCCGGCAAGUCCAGCGUCCUCGAGUCCCUCGCCGGGAUUUCCCUCUCCAGAGGGCAGAGCAUCUGCACCCGGGUCCCACUCAUCAUGCGCCUCCAGAACCACCCGAACCUCGCUCACUCUCGACUACAAUGGCGCCUCAGUCCGCACCGACGAAGCCCACGUUGUGGAAUCCAUCAUGAAGGCCACCGAAGCCAUCGCCGGCGACGGGAAAGGGGUUUCCCGCACACCUUUAACCCUAGUUGUGAAGAAGAAAGGUGUCCCUGAUCUAACCAUGGUGGACUUGCCCGGAAUCACUCGGGUUGCCAUAUGUGACCAGCCAGAGGACAUCUGCGAGCAGAUUUGCAGCAUCAUAAUGGAGUACAUAACCCCGGAAGAGAGCAUAAUUCUGAAUGUUCUGUCUGCCACAAUUGAUUUCCCGACGAACCAGUCCGUUCGGAUGUCCCGGAAAGUGGACAAGACAGGGGAAAGGACUCUGGCUGUGGUCACCAAGGUGGACGUAGCUCCGGAGGGGCUCCUGGAGAAGGUCACCGCCAAUGAUGUCAACAUCGGACUCGGCUACGUUUGCGUUAGGAACAAGAUUGGCGAGGAGUUGUACGAGGAAGCACGAAACGCGGAAGCACAGCUUUUCGAGAGGCACCCAUUGUUGUCCAAGAUUGACAAAUCCAUGGUCUCCGUCCCCGUCCUGGCUCAGAAGUUGGUCAUGAUCCAGGCGGGGAUGAUCUCAAAAUCCCUGCCCGGAAUCAUCAAGAAAAUCAAAGACAGGCUAGCUGACGCGGAAGCCGUCGGCUUCCGCCGCGCAAGCUCAACUCCUCGGCCGAAGCCAUUGCCUCAAUCAUCAGGAUUCUCAGCUUGGCCAAGGAGUCGUCGAAGAAGGUUCUCUUGAUGGGGGAAUUCGACGAGUACCCGGAGGAGAAGGAAAUGCAUUGCACAGCCAGAUUGGUGGAGAUGCUCGACCGCUACUCCGCUGAUUUGAGGGAGGGGAAUCCCCCGAGCAAAGACGGGUUCUUGAUGGACGAAAUCUCUGCCCUGGAGGAGUCUAAGGGGAUUCAUCUGCAAAAUUUCCUCCCCCCUGGAGUUUUCCUGAACAUGCUUCAGAAAAGAGUGGAGGCGGUCUCCGCAAUGCCGAGGGAUUUCGUCGACCGCCUGUGGGAUUAUGUGGAAAGGGUUCUGAUCAAGGUCCUGAUGCACCAUUGUGAUGGCUACCCGCAGCUCCGGUCUUCCACGCGACGAGCUGCGCAGAGCCUGAUCGCAAAGAAGAAACAAGUGUCGUUUGAAUGGGUGAAGGAAAUCACAGGAAUGGAAUUUCACACUGCCUAUACCUCCAACCCGGAGUACAUUGCGACCUCUAAUAAACUCAUCUCCAGGCA